ACAGAAAUCCAAAUAAAUCCUAAGGGUAAAGCGACCCAUUUGAAAGGAGAGACUAAAAUGGACUAGUGCGUCGUUGUCCGCCUGGCUUCCAUUCCAUGUGAAUAGUGUGGACUCGGCAGCCAAGUGCCCAACUCUUUUAGCAUCUUUGGACUCUUAAGCCAAGUGUCCCGGAUUCCGUCGGGAAGCAGUGCCGCUCCAAUGCCGGAGAACGGAGUUGAGCUUGCAGCAGUACCACCCUUCGCCGAUACCUUGACUGGGCUAACCGAUGCCAACGGCGGCAAUGACCUUGACAUCGAUGGCCGCAUUCACGAGCUCUCCGAAAUCAUCAUGCAUGAAAUGUGUGCUAGCCGGGUGCCCCGACCAGGGAAACCAGAGAUCUAUCGCGUUCCCGAGACGUUCCUCGCCGCCGACGAGGGCGCCUACCAGCCGAGGUUCCUGUCCCUGGGGCCAUAUCACCGCGGCGACUCCGCCACGGAGGAGAUGCGGCGCACCGACGAGCGCAAGCUAGAGAACCUGGCCUACGCCCUCCAAGACGGCGGGCCGUCGGUGGAAGAGUACAUGGAGGCCAUAGCGUCCGUUGAGGCCGACGCCAGGAGCCGCUACGACGGAGACGUCGCCAUGGAGUGGGGCGCGUUCUGCAGGAUGCUACUGCUCGAUGGGUUCCAGCUGAUUACAGUGCUCAAGUUUCUCGGCUAUGAGCCGCCGCCGCUUCCACCUCCAGCUCCAGGGUGCAGCAGCAACAACAAUGGACAAGGGAACUGCAGGCCGAGGACCAGCGUUGUCAUCAGUAUCGAACAUGACUUGAUGAUGCUGGAGAACCAGAUACCAUUCUUCGUCGUCCAGAGGAUCCACCGCUUGCGAUACGGCAUUGGUGGAAAUGGAAUGGACACGGUUGAAGAGCUAGCCUGGAGGACCAUCAAAAGAAUUAUGAAUGACGCCCCGGCAGCGACCAGCUUUCCACCGGCGAAGUGCCACCAUUUGGUACAUCUGUGCCAUGAAUACCUGAGGCCAAGCAACCUCGACAAGUCACUAGGCGCAUGCGGUGAUUAUGGAAGAUUCCGGCGAGCCAUCGAGUACCACGAGGCCGGUGUCAAGUUCAGGCGGUUGAACAGUGAAGCGGACGGCAGCUCGCGGCGCCCCUUGCUGGACGUGACCUUCUCCGACGGGGUGCUGAGGAUGGCGCAACUGAGGGUGGACGAGAGGACCAAUUACAUCCUCCGCAACGUCCUCGUUUACGAGCAGCGGUACGACGACACGGCCACCAGCGGCGCCACCAGCCACGUGACGGCGUAUGUGAUGUUCAUGUCGCAGCUGCUGGGCGGGCCGGAGGACGUGGCCCUGCUGUCGCGGCACGGGGUCAUUGAGCACCACCUGGGCGACGACGCCGAGGUGUGCGCGCUGUUCCGGGGGCUGGCGCAGGGGCUCGUCUUCGACCCGUCCGGCGGGCACUACCUGAGCACGGUGGGCGUGAGGCUGCGGUCGCACCACCGGUCGCGCCUCAACCGGUGGCGUGCCUGGGUCAUGCGGCACCGCUUCCGCAACCCGUGGCUCGCCGUGGCGUGGGUCUUGGGCUCCAUGGCCGUGCUGGGCACCAUCGUCCAGACUGUGAUCACUCUGCUUCCCUACGUGCAUCAUCAAGGACGCACGCGCAACAUCGGAAGCUAGCUAUACACGAGUAUUCUCGUGAAUUCGUGAUAUCGUGAUCACUCUGCAUCCCUACGUGACUCAUCCCCUACGUAGUUUAAUUUUCCUUCAUAUGCUUCCUCUGUUGAUUCCUCA